CUGUUGCUUAUCUUGUCGGUUGUGUAGUGUAGCCGGUGUAACGCCUGGUUCGUCGUGUCAGUGUUCUGGAUUGCCCACGUGUGCAUAGACGGAAGGCACUGGCAUGCAUGAAUGACUGCUGACCUGUCUGUGCCAGGCUUGCCUUGAUAGCUCAUUUUAACGAAGAUCGGAGUCAGCAGACCCUCCCUGUUUUUCAGCAUGUUUCAAAUAACAGCUGCUCUUAGUUCUGCAAAGCACCUGCGGUGGGUGCCUUUCAGGUGCAGGUUUAUUAGUCAGUGCCACACUACCGCCAGUGAGGUCCCAGUUGUGGAGCGUGAGGUCCGAGAGCUUCAGAUCCCCAUUCCGUAUGGGCACCUGGCUGCUAAACAGUGGCUGCCCACGUCUGCCGAGGACCCACACCGACGCGUUCUCCUGCUGCACGGUUACCAGGACAAUGCUGGUAGCUUUGACCACCUUGUGCCAAAGCUUGACUCUCGAUGGCACGCUGUGGCCAUUGACUUCACAGGCCACGGCCUAUCUUCACACUUGCCCAAAGGGAUACCGUGCAUUUCAAUGCAGUUUUGGCUCGACAUAUCACGUGCGGCUAACCACCUUGGCUGGAGUCAAUUCUCCCUGAUUGGACAUAGUGUAGGAGGUCAAGUGGGCCUGCACUAUGCCUGCAUCUUUCCUGAGAAGGUCCAAAAUUUAGUGAUGAUUGAUGCCUUGGCUCCUAUGUUCGAUCGACGUAGCAAACUUUCACGAAGCUUAAGAGAAUUGUUAGAAGGCAACUUGCGGCUUGAACAGAAGGAUCUCAGCAAGCCACCUAUCUACACGGAAGAGGAAGUGAUAAAGCUUUACAAGCAUAGUGUAGUUCCAGGCUACCUUCCAGACAACAUUAGAACGCUGAUGAAACGUGGUUGCAAGCCUGCUGGAGAUGGUCGCUACAUCCUGACCAAAGACACACGGCUUAGGUACAUCCAGUGGACUCGGAUUGACAGUGAUGCUCUAAAAAAAUACUAUAGCGGCUACACCAACAACCUCUUGGUAGUGAUGGCCGUUCCUGGCUUUGGUGCCACAUCUGCGAAGCACAAGAUACUGUCCGACGUCUGUGAACAAAACUGCCGCACGUUUCAGAUUGUUCAAGUAGAGGGCAACCACCAUGUUCACAUGACUUAUCCAGAUGCAGUGGCUAGUCACAUACGUCCCUUUUUAGAACCACAGUGAUGUCAUAAACAAUAUAAUAAUGUCAAUUUUCUAUUGUCAUACCUUAUUCUUCCAAGCAGCCAUGGAGAUAAUUUUUGCUCUGUGGUGAUGCAUUUCUUCCCCAAUGUUUCAUGUUGUGGAUGAUGUCAUCUAUGGCCUCAAGAUGACUGUGCUGUGUAUACUGCUGUUAUUUGGUGAAUCUGGAGGUGCAUUUAAAAUUUAUACUGUGAGAAAACCUAACUAUAUAAGUUGGAAUCAGUGUCACAAAAAAGAAAAGCCAGCAUGCAGAACCCGGUUAACUUGGAUGAAUAUGAAAAUUGGUGGCUGGCAUUCAUCAUCACUUCUGCGUUCCUUCUGCCUUCUUAUCGUCUUUGUGCUACUUUCAUUCACCGUGUCCCAACUAGACAAUAAAAAUGCCCUACUUUAUUUCAAAACUUAUCAUCUUUCUGCUUUGCAUAUAGAAAAUGCAGUUGGAGCCAUUUUACCACAAGUAGAAUAUGAUGCUCCAUAUUUAGCUAUUUGGGAAGCUUGCUUAAAAAAAUUAUUCAGGACGGACCUUCUGGGCACUUGCACAGAAAGCAUCUGAAUUGACAAUUUAAGACUGUAGCUUGGAUGUCUAUGUUCUAACAUUUUUCUAUCAUAAUAUUGCACAUGAACCUUUUACAAGAGAAAGUACAAAUCCAAUAAGAUUUUGUCAUAUAGAAGUUACUGAGACAAUGAGGAAGCUGUUUGGAGCAGUCUUUCGAUAAGAAUAACAUUCACACAAUUAUAUUGAAGCAGUGCACUUCAGCACAGCAUAAUCCUCUUGAACAAAGAUCAUUGUUGCAAAAUGCUUGUUACCACCUGUGCAAGAGCACAUUCAUUCUGUCACAAAAAAAUAUGUACUACUUGACAAGCCUGCCACCUCUAAUGGUUUGCUUAGUGUCUUAGCCAGCCCCAGAAGUUUGUUUUUGCCACUGCUGCAUUUCACUUCACUAUGAAGCAAGUGCAAAUUGUAUGAUCUCCUUGAAUGGACGCUGAAGAGGCAUAUUAGGCUGUAUUAGUAAAUUAUGCAAUAUAAAUACAGCUAUCCUUAAUAAGGAGACUUGGUAAACCAGAGAAGACCUAUAAACAAUAUACCAUUGGCAACACUGCCCUGACAUUCUUGCAUCAGCUUGGCAUGACUUCAAGGAUUUAAAUAGUGUAUGUCUGCUUGAGUAUAGUUAAUUGUUCAUCGUUAAAAGGCUACAUUGUAUUCUAAAAUAGCCAGACUUAUCCUAGCAGUAACUGAUCCUGCACAAUAGUGGCCCAAAUACAAGGAAAUGCAUACUACAUAGAAUUCUGUGAUGUCACAUUGAUGUACCUGUGCCACGAUUUCUGCAUGAAAUUCAGAAAUUGGGCCACCAAAAGACACAGGAAUGACAUGCAACAUCAUUUCUGUCUGCCGUGUCUUGUCGUUUGUCAGUACUACUCAGCGCAUUAUAAUAUGAACAACCACCAGCUAGCCUAAUUUCUUGCCAUACUGAGAAAAUGGAAGUUCUGCCUUUAUUUGCUUGAGUUAUAAUCAACCAUUUAUUACAACAUCAAUGAAAAUGAAGUUUUGAAACAAUAAAUUACCAGCUGCAGUCUUAACUCGUUUAGUCUUCCUCCUUAGUGACUCUUUAAUGCCACUGGCAUCUUCAUUUGUCCGCCUAUUCUUCGCAUUCUCAUAAUGGGCACAGUAAGGGCUGUUUGCACUUCAAAGUAAGCGAAGCCUUCAUCCGUUAUUUAUUGAACUGUCCAAUAUGAAACAUACUAUUUGUUUUGGAUAGCAGCAGAACUUUGAGUAAUUUCCUUAUAAACGAGUGCUUGCCGUAAAAGCAGAUCAGUCCUCGAUUAAAUGGAAGUAUUGCAUAAGUAUAGUAGAUUUCUUGGGCUGUUGGUGAUGCCUCACCCCUCUUGCAGCAUGCAAAAUCAGUCUCUCGCACACAGUAUGAUUAGUUAUAUAACAUAUUUGAUGAGGAACGUACCUCUGAAGCGUAGAGACGACCUCAAAUGCCGAUUUAAGUCUGAACACUCACCUUUCCUAAACACAAAACCGAAAUCGAAGAGCUAGAAGUAAUAUUUCUUCAUGCUCACAGUGGGAAUAUGCUUACUGUAACUGAUACUACAGUCUAGUAUGGAAAUGUUGCUACUAUAGUCUUUGUAAUUACAUGCGUGGGGAGUGCUGCAUGCCAUACAUGGAACAUUUGCAGUGGGUAUUUCUCAUAUGUGUGGUCCACAGUUGCAUACAUCAUUUGCUGUGUCUGUGGCUAAGAUGUAACGACAACUGUACGACGUGGAAAACAGAAAAUAAAAA